AUGCUUUCCUCCAUCUCUCUUAUGCUCGCAACGGCCGUCUCCGGCGCGAUCCUUCUCGUCUCCACCAUUUCCGCCGCGGCGCCAAUUCCCAGCGUCCGCCGUCCUUUCAAUAGAAUCUACGCCUUCGGCGACUCUUUCACCGACACCGGAAAUUCACGCGCCGGCGAAGGUCCCGCUGGAUUCGGACACUUGUCCAGCUUUCCAUACGGCAUGACUUACUUCCGACGGCCAACGAACCGUUACUCUGACGGCCGUCUCACCAUCGAUUUCGUGGCACAGUCGAUGAAUCUACCGUUUCUGCCACCGUAUCUCAGUCUUAGAUCAACUAACGGUAGUAACGGAACCGCUACGGAUACUUACGGCGUUAAUUUCGCCGUUUCUGGAGCAACGUCGAUUAAACACGCUUUCUUCGUGAAGAAUAAUCUGAUGCUUGAUAUGACUCCUCACUCUAUCGAGACAGAGCUUGGCUGGUUCGAUAAGUACUUAGAGACCCUUGGAACCAAUCAGAAGGUUUCUUUAUUUAAAGAUUCUCUCUUUUGGAUCGGAGAAAUCGGAGUUAACGACUAUGCGUACAUCGUUGGUUCUAACGUGUCAAGCGACACCAUUAGAGAACUUAGUAUUGCAACCUAUACGAGGUUUUUGGAGACAUUGUUGAAGAAAGGUGUGAAACAUAUGUUGGUACAAGGACAUCCGGCAACAGGAUGUUUGACGUUAGCAAUGACGCUGGCUGGAGAAGACGAUCGAGAUAACCUAGGGUGUGUCAAGAGUGUCAAUAAUCAGAGUUACACUCACAACCUUGCGCUGCAAUCCAAACUUAAACAACUUAGGAUCAAGUAUCCGAAUGCCACGAUAGUCUACGCAGACUACUGGAACGCGUACCGUGAGGUGAUAAAAAACCCUAGCACGUACGGAAUCACCGAGAAGUUCAAGGCGUGCUGUGGGAUCGGAGAGCCGUACAACUUCCAAGUGUUUCAGACGUGUGGGUCGGCUACAGCCACGGCGUGUAAGCACCCGAGUCGGUACAUCAAUUGGGACGGAGUCCACUUGACCGAGGGAAUGUAUAAGGUUAUGGCCGAUUUGUUCCUCGGAGGGAAAUUCACUCGUCCUAAGUUUGGUUACUUGUUGAACAAGAAACUAAACCGUUUAGGAUAG